UGGCCGGUUCCUCAGCUCUGACGCAGGUUCCACGGCUCUGUGACAUCACCAGUGGUCAGUGUCCUGUUGUGUGCAGAGUGCUGAGAACCUGAUCCCAUCCCUUCCCUGCACACGCAUAUGUGCUCUCCCAUGUACCUGGUGCCUGGCUGCCUGCCAUGGCACUUACUGCAGCACAGAUGCUCAAGAGCUUCUUGCUCUUGUGGGUGGAUGGCUUCCUGUUGUGCGCCAGCGUCAUCCUCCUGCACAGCCUCGGGGUCCAUCUGUGGAGGUGGCUGCUGGCAGAGAGAGAAGGCAAAGGGGCCAAGAAGCAGGAGGUGAAAUGGGCCCAGAGCUCCAGGCGCCUCUCAGUCUGCCAGCUGGUAUGUGACAACCCUGCCUGCCACAUAUCUACCCCAACAGCCCUGGCACCCAUGCCAGCCCUGCUGCCUGCAACCUCAGAGCAGGGACAGCCCUCAGGACCUCUCCCAGGGGCUGUGCUCAUGAGGCCGUGUGGACGAGUUGCUGGCAGCGGGGGGGCCACAGCUUUGCAAGAGCUCCAGCUACAGCCCAGAGUCCGUGCAGUGCUGCAGAGCGCCAUGGCCAAGAAGGGCAUGGAGAUCCACCUGGAAACCUUCCCAGCCUUGGCCAGGGGGUCAUGGAGGAGGUUGCAGCACCUCUCCCAGCUGCCCCUCCCCAAGCUGAUCCAGGCAGGGGACAGUGCCCUCCAGCCCCGGAGCCGCCACCUGCCUUUCGUGCCCUCUGACAGUUUGGACCGUGUUGACCUGGCCGUGCAGCGCCAGCGCCUGGGCUCACUCCUGGGCCUACUGGCACUCCACCUAGAGUCCAUCACCCCUAGGGCCAUCCAGGCUUCCUCUGGCCCAGAUGUGCUUGGCAGGUCACCCAUGGAGUCCCUGCAGACAGGGGCCCCGUUCCUCAGGCCAUAUGCUUUAGAGGUCCAUGUGGGGACCAAGAAGCAGCCGUGUGCCUGGGGCUGGCCUGAGCUCAUGGAGAAGUCGCUUGGGGCUUUUGUGCUGGGAUCCCCCAGGAUGAUGUGGACCCCUGCCCGACACCGCGCCGAGCUGCAGGUCUAUGUUGGAGGAACAGGGCCCCCUCCCAUCAGCUCAGAGACCAGGAGCUGCCCGGAGCACCACAUAUCCCGUGGCUACAGCACAUCCCCUAGCCACCACUAUACACAUCUCCAUGUCCACAUCCAAGGACCAGGGGCCCCUCCCAUAAGCCUGGAGACCAGGAGCGGCCUGGAAUCCCGUGUGUCCAGCUAAAGAGUCACAUGGCAAGCAAGUGACUGGAGGUGAAGCUGGGGCGCAGUCAUCCCUGGUGCAGAGGUCUCGGAAGCUGGCUGCUGAGUGGGAGGGACCAGCCUGAGCUGGCCAGAAAAGCCUAUGUUCUCCUGCAGCUACAGACACUGCAUAAUAAAAAGGGUGCUGU